UAGCUCGCCCUGUUGUCUCCUCCGACAACAAGAGAAGAGAAGAGAAGAGAAGAGAAGAAGGCGGUCAGGUCAGGUCAGGUCGCGGCGGCGGGGAUGGGUCGCGGCGGCGGGAUGGGGAACCCCGUCAACGUGGGCAUCGCCGUGCAGGCGGACUGGGAGAACCGCGAGUUCAUCUCCAACAUCUCCCUCAACGUCCGCCGACUCUUCGACUUCCUCCUCAGAUUCGAAGCUACGACGAAGAGCAAGCUGGCAUCUUUGAACGAGAAGUUGGACAUCCUAGAGCGGAAGCUGGAGGUGCUUGAAGUCCAAGUGAGCAGCGCGACGACCAAUCCUUCGGUCUUCAACUAGAAAACACGGUGGUGUGCUGUGUGAACGUGUAUCAUGUACGUACGUAAGUAGGAGUGGCAUGUAAAACACUGCUGCUAGUAUCAUGUGUUUUGUACAAUUGUAACACACUUGUGCAUCGAAGUCGACGUGCAAGCAGGUUGGCGUUUGCGUGGAGGUAACUGACUACUACUUGACAGGGUGC